AUAAAACGCCGAGAGGGUGGCGCCGGCGUAGACUCUUCUCUCUGUACGCGGAGAGCGGCUCGGCCGCGCGCACGCCGGGUAUCUAGGCCGAGCCGGGAACGCCGAGAGCAUGGCCGGCGCGGGCGCGAAGCGGCGCGCGGUGGCGGCCCCGGCGGCGGCGGCGGAGGAGGAGAGGCAGGCGCGGGAGAAGAUGCUGGAGGCGAAGCGCCUGGACGGCGCGGACCCAGGGGGCGAAGGCGUGACCCUGCAGCGCAACAUCACACUGCUCAAUGGUGUGGCCAUCAUCGUGGGCACCAUCAUCGGCUCAGGCAUCUUCGUUACGCCCACCGGCGUGCUCAAGGAGGCGGGCUCGCCCGGGUUGGCGCUCGUGGUGUGGGCUGUGUGCGGUGUCUUCUCCAUCGUGGGCGCACUCUGCUACGCCGAGCUGGGCACCACCAUCUCCAAGUCGGGCGGCGACUACGCCUACAUGCUGGAAGUCUACGGCUCGCUGCCCGCCUUCCUCAAGCUCUGGAUCGAGCUGCUCAUCAUUCGGCCCUCCUCACAGUACAUCGUGGCGCUGGUGUUCGCCACGUACCUGCUCAAGCCUGUCUUCCCCACCUGUCCAGUGCCUGAUGAGGCAGCCAAGCUCGUGGCCUGCCUCUGCGUGCUGCUGCUCACAGCUGUGAACUGCUACAGCGUGAAGGCUGCUACCCGAGUACAGGACGCCUUUGCUGCUGCCAAGCUGCUGGCCCUGGCCCUCAUCAUCCUGCUAGGCUUCAUCCAGAUGGGAAAGGGUGAUAUUUCCAACCUACACCCUAAGUUAUCCUUUGAAGGUACCAAUUUGGAUGUGGGGAACAUCGUAUUGGCAUUGUACAGUGGCCUGUUUGCCUAUGGAGGAUGGAACUAUCUGAAUUUUGUCACAGAGGAGAUGAUCAACCCCUACAGAAACCUGCCCCUGGCCAUCAUCAUUUCCCUCCCCAUUGUCACACUGGUAUAUGUGCUGACGAACCUGGCCUACUUCACCACCCUGUCUACCAACCAGAUGCUGGUGUCCGAAGCUGUGGCUGUGGAUUUUGGGAACUAUCACCUAGGAGUCAUGUCCUGGAUCAUUCCUGUCUUCGUGGGCUUGUCCUGCUUUGGCUCCGUCAAUGGGUCUUUGUUCACAUCCUCAAGGUUGUUCUUUGUGGGGUCCAGGGAGGGCCACCUGCCUUCUGUCCUCUCCAUGAUCCACCCUCAGCACCUGACACCUGUACCAUCACUGGUGUUCACGUGUGUCAUGACCCUGAUGUACGCCUUCUCCAAUGACAUCUUCUCCAUCAUCAACUUCUUCAGCUUCUUCAACUGGCUGUGUGUGGCCCUGGCUAUCAUCGGCAUGAUGUGGCUCCGCUUCAAGAAGCCUGAGCUGGAGCGUCCCAUCAAGGUGAACCUGGCCCUCCCGGUGUUCUUCAUCCUGGCCUGCCUCUUCCUCAUUGCCGUGUCCUUCUGGAAGACACCCAAGGAGUGUGGCAUUGGCUUUGCCAUCAUCCUCAGUGGGCUGCCUGUCUACUUCUUCGGCGUCUGGUGGCAGAACAAGCCCAAGUGGCUCCUGCAGGCCAUCUUCUCUGUGACGGUGCUCUGCCAGAAGCUUAUGCAGGUGGUUCCUCAGGAGACUUAGCUUCGAGUCCUGGGUGCCACAGGGAGAGUGCACACUGUGACUGCUUCCAGACAACUCACCUCAGAAAAGCAGCGUCCAGGCCUGCCAUUCUCCACAGCUCCAGUGAGCACCACCAACUGUCCAGCAUCAUCCACUGUCCCUCCAAUCGUCAGGUGUUCACAGUGGCUGUGAAAGAAUACUCUGGUACGAAUUUGGUCCCAGAAGGCGACCAUCCAUACAUGGCACUCGGUGUUAGCACAUGCUGUGAGCUGAGGCUUGGUCUUUCUGACUUUCUGGGGACUGCCACAUCUGGCCUUUCUCCCCUCUCUGAAUUUUGUUUUGUUUUGUUUUUGUAGCUUGCAUUUGAGUCAAGUUUACACUACCGAGAUGAUUAUUUUUUAACAAAACAGGGUAGCAAGGCGCAGGAGAUAGGUAGCCAGAGCAGUCCAGCUGUGAAUGUGAAAGCUGCUGGCUACAGCUCUUCUCUCAAGGCUGUCGUUCAGUAGCACAGUGUGACUCAAGGGGACCGCAUCACUGUUGCCAGGUCGAAGGAACUACUGAGACUCGGAUGUCACCUGUUCUACUGUGGACUUGGACUGACAGAUGGAUGACACAUAUUCUAGCUUGGGUUAUUUUGUCUUUCUGGGGUCCUAGAGAUGGAACCCCAGCCUCAUUCAUACGAGGCAAGUGCUCUACUGCUGAGUUACUUUUUUAACAUUAUAAAUGUAGAGCUCAGGUCUCACUGAAGUCCUGGUGACUCCUCUUCCCUUGACCAUACAUGAAAGAGAGCUCUGCAACUGUAACCCUAACAGCAGCUGGCUGCCAUAGCCAGAAGCCCAUGGGAAGAGCUGGCCGCCAGCUGUCAACUACAAGGCCAUGUGCUCUUGUGCACACAGGCAGGCUCUGCAUCAUUCAAGGGGCUGUGCUCUCUGGUUCUUGCAGACACAGUCUACCCCCUAUCCCAGCUCUCUUAGAAAAUGGACCAGGAAGGUGGACACAGUGACCAGCACUAUGGGUCUCCCACCCACACACCUCCGUUCACCUCCAUAGUUCCUGAGACUGUCAGCAGCUCUCUGCCAAGUCACCACCAUCCCCUCCUUAUCUCCGAUAGCCAUUGUCCAGAAUAUGCACCAAGCACCCUCCCUGCUCUCUGCCACCUAUGUGGCAAGAUCACUCCAGCUUCCUGAGUGUGGAAGCUGCUGGCUGUCUGCCGCUAUCCCUCCUUCUAUGUGGGGCCACCCUACAGGUUGCCCGUUCUGGUCUGGGGGAGAAAGCUAAGGUCCAGCCAGCACAUUUAACCAAGCAGCUGAUCUACUUGGAGGGACAUCAGGAUCUAAAAAUCCCUUCCCAGUCCCAGCCAUUGCUCAGAUCGUGGCCUGCUUGAAGGGAGGCAGUGACUAGAGAGAUUCUAUUCUAUGCAGCUCUUGCAUGGUGAUAACCUUACUACUGGCCUCCCUGACCUCCCUCUAUGUUUCUGGGGUCCCCUUUCAUUGGGUGAGGAGGGAGAAGUCAGAGUGCCUCCUGAAGGAUCUCCCAGAGAUCUGAACUGGGGUCUCUGCCUUGGAAAUCAGGGCAGGGACCCAGUCCCAGCCUGGGUCUAAAGGGCAGGGACUCUUGGGCCUGCCAUGUUCAUGUUCAUGGUGCUGACCUAUACCCUCUGAGAAGGCCCUGCUCAUUCCUCUCUCUGAUGCCCUGGGGUCUCCCACCUGCAGGGUUUUUUGUUUUUGUUUUUCUUAAAGCAGUCCCUGACCACACAGCCAUUUGGUCAGUACUUUGUCCUGACAUGUCACUGACCCAGAGGAUACCUGUGCCCGGCUUAUGUCAGUGGUCAGUGUCUGAGUGGUGUGUAAAGGUGAUGUUCCUGCCACAUUGAGUCCAUCUGCUGUGCCACCUGAGUUAGUGGUGUGGUUGUGACAUCUUUUACUCUUGUAUUAAUGGCUAAUCUGUUACACUGGGCUGGGGGGUGGGGUGGGGUUUUGCUGUUUUAUGGGACUUUUUCGGUUUUGUUUUUUUUAAAAAAAAAAAUGCUAUUAGAAUUCUAAAUUGCUAACGGUCUUCUUUGUUCUGUGUUCAAUGCCAGAUUCCCUGUGUGGGAACCGUCUUUUUUUUCCUCUCAGCCCACCCCUUUCUCACAGCCCUACAUUGCUCUGCUCACCAGCCCCCUGAGGGUGACAAGGCUGGAGGGAAGCCAGGGAGCCAGGGACACACUAAGGUCACAGGAGGGAGAAGAUUCCUGGAGGCCCCUAGGUGGGAGGGGCUUGGCCUAGAGGGGGCCUUAUGCCAAUUGUGCUGUGAGCAUCAUCUCUGGAAGGGGAGGGGGGAUGGGAGUAGUGACUCCAGGUCAUCUCAUCUCAUAACCCCUCAUCUGUCAUGGACAGGUUAGAGUUCAAGGCUCAGAACCUAGGACCACUUCUCUCUGCAUCCUAGCAUCUGUGGGAGAGGGACCCUUGAGGCCAGACUCCCACCUCUAUCCCGGAACUUCAACUGGGCUGAUCUUCCAGGUCACACCUACUGGGUGCUGAGGUCCUCAUGACCAGCCAUCAGCUUCCAGAUGUCACCGUACAGAGUGUGUCUUUGAAAAGCAGAGGGGUUCUGAUGGCUGGUGUGUAUAAAUCUGGGAGCAUUUGGCAUCUUCUAGAGCUUCAGGACCCAGGGCUUCUGGGACCUCAGCAAGGCAUUCUUGGCUCCGAGCAGCACAGAGCAUCCCGGAGUGCAGGUUGGGAAACUUGGUACCUCGGAGGUGUGGGCCUGGUCUCUGGCCUGCCUGUCCCACACAGCGCAGCUCCCCGCUCCCCCAUUUAGGAGACCUAUGGGCAGCCAUGUCCACAGGGAGUGAGUGGCUCCUACCAUCCUCUCCUGUUGUAGAGUUAAGUUAGAAACCACUCUUCAAAGCCUCCCUAAGCUGUCUUUGAAGGUUAUGGGCACAAACACGCCCUGCCUUUUAUGGGCCCCCACUUGGCCUGCUCCAGCCCCCGCACAGUCCAGUCAUGCUGCCUAUGUGCCUGUACAGGACUUAAUAGUCUGCUAAGUUAUGGGUAAUGGCAGGGGUGCCGAGUGGCCUGACAUCAAAUACAUGUGACCUUAUCCCCAUUCAGUGAGCUCAUGUGGCCCCUUGAACCAAGACAGGUACCCCGCAAGCUCCCACAAUGCUGCCAGCCCACUGCCCUCCAGCACCUGAAGAUACCUACACUGAGCUGGUAGCCUUGUAUGCCUAGAGAAGGGGAUCAUCUUCCUGGGGUUAGCUGCAAAUAAACUCCACACUCUUGACCUCAACAUACUCA